GAAGAAAAUGGAGAAUGAUGGUAGUGGGAGCUCAUGCAAUGAACAAUAUGCUUCGGAAGACUCCAAUCAAAGCGGGAAGAGGACCGGUCAUCGCCAUACCCCUCAACAGAUCCAAGGACUUGAAGCUUUUUUUAUGGAAUGUCCUCAUCCAGACGAAGCACAGCGACAACAGUUGUGUGAAGAGUUGAAACUUAGGCUUGACCAAGUCAAGUUUUGGUUUCAAAACAAAAGGACUCAAUGCAAAGCCCAAGAGGAAAGAGCCGAAAACUUAUCACUUCAUAGAGAAAACGAAAUUCUCAAAAGUGAGAACGAAGCUAUAUUCGGGGCAUUAAGUAGUGUAUUGUGUCCAGAUUGUGGAGGUCCUCCUUUUGGCCGAGAGAAACGCGCAGUCAAUUUCCAAAAGCUGCUUUUGGAAAACGUUCGUCUGAAAGAGCAGCGUGACAAAAUCUCCCAUUUCCUAUCCAACAUGUCCAAACGACCGACCGUGGGGGACUCAUUUGCUUCUGUUCCUACCCAACACAUCUCCUCUUACGGAAUCAACCCAAGCAAUAUGUUCGACCCGUUUAGCUCAUUCGGACCACCAACUUCUCAACCCAUCCAACCACAACCAAUAUCCCAAAUGGAUGUAAGCUUGUUGUCUGAAACCGCGGCAAGUGCGGUUGAAGAGCUCAAGCGGCUGUUUUUUAGUGAGGAACAAUUUUGGGUUAAGUCGUCUAUCGAUGGCACAGAUUUGAUUGAUUCAGAGAACUAUGAAAAGUUCUCGAACGCUGUCAAAAAGUUCAGGAGCACGAGUGCCCAUGUCGAGUCUUCCAAAGAUGUCACGGUGGUUCCAAUAGAAGCUACUAACUUGAUUGAAAUGUUCUUAGAUGCGGAGAAAUGGAAAGAGCUUUUUCCAACGAUGGUGAACAAGGCCAAGACGCUAUAUGUGCUCGGGUCGGAGCUUCCCAUUAGAGAAAACUGCAAUAUUUUGCGAGUGAUGUGGGAGCAACUACACAUUCUGUCGCCGCUAGUGCCACCAAGGGAGUUCAUGAUCGUGAGGUGCUGGCAAGAGAUCAGUAAAGGGCUCUGGAUUAUUGCUGACGUGUCACAUAACGUUGACUUUGACUUUUUCAAUGCUUCAUGUUACAAACGUCCUUCUGGUUGUCUCAUCCAGUCCUUGCCCAAUGCUCAGUCGAAGGUAAUGUGGAUUGAGCAUGUGGAAGUGGCCCAUAAACUGGAUGCACACAAAAUCUAUAGAGAGCUUUUAAGCGGCGGGUCAGGCUACGGAGCUAAGCGUUGGAUUGCUACACUUGAGAGAAUGUGUGAGAGGAUGGCUCUCACCUCCUACCUAACCCUUCCUGCAAGUGACUGGAGCGAAGUCAUAAGGACAGGAGAAGAAAGGAGGAGAGUACUGAAAUUAGGUGAGAGAAUGAUAAUGAAUUUCAACGAAAUGUUGACCAUGUCCGGAAAAGUUGACUUUCCGCAGCAGUCGAAAUGUGGAGUGAGAGUCUCGAUGCGGAUGAACCUCGAGGCCGGUCAACCACCCGGUUUAAUUGUUAGUGCUGCUUCGUCUCUAAGAAUCCCUCUCCCUCCUGUGCAAGUCUUCGACAUCCUCCGGAAACUCGACACUCGUCAGCAGUGGGAUGUUCUUGCCUAUGGGACCGUAGUCACUGAGAUCGCGCGCAUUGCCACCGGAUCAAGUGAAACCAACUGCUUAAGCAUCCUCCGGGUACAUCCAACGCAAGAAGAGAAUAAUAAUGGCAAGAUGAUAGCACAAGAGUCAGACAAGGACGACAUGUUAAUGCUGCAAGAUUGCUACAUGGACGCCUUAGGAGGCAUGCUGGUGUACGCUCCUAUGGACAUGGCUACAAUGGAUACCACUCUCUCCGGCGCGGACGUCAAAAUUUCCGAUAUUCCAAUCCUUCCUUCUGGUUUCAUCAUCUCAAGCGACGGCCGACGAUCGACUGUGGAGGACGGCGGAACCUUACUCACGCUGGCCUUCCAGAUCCUUGUCUCUGGCAGGACCAGUAGGUCGAGAGAGGUGAAUGAGAGGUCGGUGGAUACAGUGAGUGCUUUGAUCAGCUCAACUGUUCAAAGGAUCAAAGGUUUGCUCAACUGUCCUGAUCAGUUUUGAGUGAGAGAAUAUGCUGUGUGGAAGAUUCUCUUCUGUUUUCAUUCUUGUUUUGUUUAAGUCCAUUCUUUUUGGGGGGUUUUAUGACUUUUGGUAUAAUUAUUAAUUUUUUUUUGUCGACAAUCAUAUUUCAUUAAAACCCUAAACUGGGUAAAGAUACAGUAGUGAAACAUAAGCCCAACAACAUAAAAGCCCAUUAGUGGUCCAACAAACAUAAAUUACAAAGAUAAUCAUUUGGCCAAAAAUGGACACGUGUAGUCACACGUGUGUCACGCAAGUUGGGAGGUGGAAGACGCAUUGAACUCAUCCCCGACUCGGUCUUGACUCGUCUUGGACUCGUCACCGCCAUCACCACCAUGGCUGACCUUUGAUCGAAUCCAGAAUGGAUUCUCUGAAAUCAGCUACUCUUCAGAAUCACCACCUUAAAUCCUUUUGCAGAUUUCUCCGGACAUGAAUAAAGAGAGAUCCAAAAACCAACAAGGUUGAAUCGUCCGAACUGAUGA